AUGUCAGGGGACUCUCAGGUAGCUGGCUCCUUUGCGGUAGCAGACUAUUUGGUGAUUGCUCUCAUGCUGCUGGUGUCAGCCGCUGUCGGGGUCUACUUUGCCUGGGUGGACAGGGGCCGAGGGACCUCAAGGGACUUCUUAACUGGGGGCCGCAGAAUGACCGCCUUGCCUGUCUCCAUGUCCCUGACUGCCAGCUUCAUGUCAUCUAUCACAGUGCUCUCCAACCCAGCAGAGGUUUACCGUUAUGGAGCUAUCUUUAUAUUUUUUGGUCUUGCCUAUGCUUUGACAAUGGUGAUCACAUCUGAGGUCUUUCUCCCAGUCUUCUGCAGACUGGGCAUCACCAGCACAUUUGAGUAUCUGGAGCUGAGAUUCAACAGAGCAACUCGUCUGCUAGGAACUGUGCUCUUCAUUAUUCUGACAAUCCUCUAUACUGGAAUCAUUGUUUAUGGCCCAGCUCUUGCUUUAAGUCAAGUUACUGAUAUGGACCUGUGGAGUGGUAUUAUUUCAACAGGCAUCAUCUGUACUUUUUACUGCACAUUGGGUGGACUGAAGGCAGUGGUGUGGACUGAUGUGUUCCAGAUUGGGAUAAUGCUUGCAGGCUACCUGUCUGUCAUCAUCAAGGCUGUGGUCUUACAAGGAGGAGUCCUCACCAUCAUUUCAGAUUCACAACAAGGAGGGAGACUUAACUUUUGGGACUUUGAUAUAAACCCCCUGAGGAGACACACUUUAUGGACCAUAAUCAUUGGAGGGACAUCUUGCUGGGUCUGUGCGUAUGGGACCAACCAAGCCCAGGUUCAAAGAUACAUCGCCUGCAAAAACAUCACUCAUGCGCGAGUAUCUGUGUACCUCAGCCUGUUAGGUCUGUGUUCCUUCCUGGUGUCUUCAGUGUUUGCAGGAAUGAGCCUCUACUCAGUAUAUAAAAACUGUGACCCAUGGACAGCUGGAAUGGUUUCUACACCUGAUCAACUGAUGCCAUAUUUAGUGAUGGACAUAUUGACAGACUAUCCUGGCUUACCUGGACUGUUUUUUGCAGGAGUAUAUAGCGGCUCUCUAAGCACUGUGUCCUCCAGCAUCAACGCAAUGGCUGCAGUGACUCUAGAGGAUCUGAUCAAACCAUACACUAACAUGUCAGAGAGACAACUGUUCAGGCUCUCUAAAGGACUGAGUUUCUUUUAUGGGAUUUUAUGUAUCUGCAUGGCUGGACUGUCCUCAGUCAUGGGAGGGAUGAUGCAGACAUCUGCGAGUAUCGGUGGGCUCAUUGGGGGUCCUUUACUUGGCCUGUUCACAUUGGGUAUCCUCUGUCCAUUUGCCAAUUCAAAAGGAGGUUUGUCAGGUCUUGUGUCAGGGUUAGUUGUGUCCAUGAGUGUAGGCCUUGUAGCUGUGAUAUCCCCUCCCCCUCCUUCGAUGACCAGACCUCUGCCCCUGACCACUGAGGGUUGUAACUUCACCACUACAAACAGCCUCAACUGGACGUCCACUGCUCUACCAACAGAACCCAGUUCCACUCCCACAUCCCCUGGACAGAUCGGUGAUGGCAAGCCUCUGCUGGAAGAUAACUGGCUCACUCCUUCCUAUCUUUACUUGAGUCUCAUUGGAGUAGUAACAGCUAUCAGUGUGGGAAUGAUAGUCAGCUUGUUAACAGGAGGCUUGAAGAUGAGGGCGGAAGCGAGGUUUACAUUGAUGAAAGAAGACACGACUUUCUAUCAUCUAUUCAAGUUCUUCAAGGACAGAGUCACGAGACCAACAGGAAGGCUUGACCUGACAAAGGACAAAGAGUAUGUUAACAACAUAGAUCUUGCUUUCUGUAAUACUGCACUGGACUUAACAAAAAGCAAGGUUCGCAUGUGA